AUGAGUGACCUGGUAUCCUUCUCGGAUCACAGAUACAUACGUUGGCAGUUUGGGCGCUUUGAGCCGCGAAAAUUUAAUACUUUUGUGCGCAAAGGCUGGAAUCCGGACAAAGUCGAUCCUGACAAGUUCAAGGAAUAUUUUAGAUGUGCUGAUGUACUGUGUGAUCCUACGAGUUUAGCUAACGACUAUUCUCACUCGCUCAUUCAACUGUUGUCUCGUGUCUGCGACUUGUCAAUGCCUAGAUCUAGACAAGUGCAUAUAAGAAGGACCUACUGGUGGAAUGAGGAGAUAGCCGAAUUAUGUAAGUUAUGUAUUCAAACACGACGGAAGCUAACCAGAGAUCGAAGACGAAAAGACCGCAAUCCGCAACAAUAUGAAGACCUCCGGCUGCAGUAUAGUCAACGGUCUCGGAAUAUGAGGAAUGCGAUCUCGCGCUCUCAAAAACUGGCCUGGAGUGAGCUACUGGAGGAAAUAAACUCCAAUCCUUGGGGUAGGCCGUACCUGGUAAUAAUGAAAAAGAUCCGAGGUUUGGAGUACAAUGUUCCACUGGAUUAUUUGUCCUUUGCCAAGAUCAGCGAGGUGGUGAGAUUGCUUUUUCCUACCCGUAUGGCCAUCAAAUGGAAUAAGGAUGCACUUGGGGUUCUGGACGAGACUAUUCCUGCAGUGCUCGAAGAUGAGGUUAAAACUGCAAUAAAAAAGUCCUGCUCUCGCAAGGCGGCUCCAGGAUUGGAUGGCUUAUUGGAUGGCCUCCAGAGCCGUCUCAGCCAUCAACAAUAUGGCUUUAGGUCUGGUAGGUCAAUGAACGAUGCGAUAAUUAGGAUGCAGCGAAUAAUCCGAAAUCAUACUAGCAAGGGUGAGUAUUGCUUGGCUAUCGGCUUGGAUAUCCACAAUGCAUUCAAUUUUUUGGCCUGGAGGCAAAUUAUAAAAGCGUUAAAAGACAAGCAGGUACCGUUGUACAUAAUUCGUGUGCUAAUGGAUUACCUAUCUGAUCGUCACAUCUUAGUGAUUAAGAAGAGCGGCCGCUACACAUCGCACUUAAUGACGUGUGGAGUUCCUCAGAGUUCAGUCCUGGGCCCACUGUUGUGGAACAUCACAUACGACAGUGUGUUGAGCGUUGGAAUGCCGUAUGAUUCUUACGCUUUGUGCUUUGCGGAUGACACGUUGAUCAUCGUUAGCAGUAGGAAUUUUAAUUUGUUGACUUUUAAAGCGAACUUAAUCUGUGAUUUAGUGAUAAGCAAAAUUAAAAGUCUAGAGCUUGAAGUUGCUCCUUCUAAGACGGAGGCUGUAUUGUUUUGUCCAGAUAGCAUUAAGGAUAAAAGUCUCACCUUUUUGGUGGAUGGGGUCUCUAUCCAGUCAACCGAUAGGAUGAAGUACCUCGGUAUUGUAAUCGACAAUAGAUGGAAAUUUGUUCAUCACUUUGAGAUGGUAUCGGGAAAGGCGGAAAGAGUGUUAUCGCGACCUCUUGAUGCUCAACCUGCGCGGUCCUAA